AUGCCGCAGUUGGUCCGCCCGUCUGAAGGGAUACCUGAUCUCAGGACCCCCUUCUCCACACUUGGUUAUUGGGCACUCUGCAAAAAGUCACCAGCAGUACUAGCAUCUCCGACAGCUUCUGAGACCAAAACGAGUAGAAGAAGAAUCUGCCAUGGUAUUACUGUGCUCAUGACGAUAGAGACAAGCAGAACAAGGAAGGCGGGAAGAGAAUUGGAGGCAGACAACUCAGCUUACACAACACCAAUUGAUAUUUGGCGAAUGGCACGGAAACAGCUUAUCUGGAUAGCAGAAUUUGGAGCCAUAGUCUUUGGCAUUGUGCCAAGAAUUUUGGAUGUAUUAGUUCUUGCCGGAUUGCUGAUAUACAAACUUAAGAAGAAAUAUUAUCCAUCAGACAAGGUAGAGAAGUUGCUCCAGAAAUGCCAAAUUCUCAUGCCAACACGGUAUUCAUAUCCAAAAAUCAAGAUAAUAACAAGACACUUCAGGGAGAAACUGGGUCAGGGAGGUUUUGGCGCCGUCUUCAAAGGCAGCCUAUUUGACGGUCGUGCUGUUGCAGUGAAGUUAUUGGGGGGGGGGGGGGAAGCCAAGGGCGGUGGACAGGAUUUCAUCAAUGAGGUUGCUACCAUUGGUAGGAUUCAUCAUGUCAACAUAAUUCGUCUAGUUGGUUUCUGUUCGGAGGGCAGCACAGGGGCUCUCCUCUAUGAAUUCAUGCCCAAUGGGUCUCUAGACAAGUACAUAUUUCUUGUUAAUAAUCCCACUAAUCAUCUGCUUAGCUGGGAAAUGCUAUAUAAAAUAGCGUUAGGCAUCGCACGCGGAAUAGAAUAUCUCCACCGAGGAUGUGACAUGUGUAUCUUACAUUUUGAUAUCAAGCCCCACAAUGUUUUGCUCGAUGAGUACUUUUGUCCGAAGAUUUCAGAUUUUGGCCUGGCGAAGCUUUCUCCAACGCAGAACACUAUGACCCUCAGUGGUUACAGAGGGACCAUAGGUUACAUAGCUCCAGAACAGGUCUCUAGAAACUUUGGUGGGGUUUCCUAUAAGUCCGAUGUGUAUAGUUUUGGAAUAUUGCUGCUGCAAGUGGUUGAACAAACAAGGAAGCCGGUUGUGUUUGCGCCUGCUGGUUCUAGCCAAACUUACUUUCCCACAUGGAUUUAUGAUCGGCUGAGUGAGGGAGAUAAUGUAGGAAUUGGCGAAGCCACAGAGAUUGAAGAGGAAAUUGUGAAUAAGUUAGCGCUUGUUGGUUUGUGUUGCAUACAAAUGAUGCCAGCAAACCGUCCAUCAAUGAGCCAAGUUAUUGAGAUGCUGGAAGGAAGCUCAGACACCCUACAACUGCCUCCCAGGCCCUUUUUAAUGUUGGCUGAUGAAAUGCCAAAUAAAGAAUGUUCCAAUAAACUAUCAGCAUGCCAAAGUGAUGUGGAAGAAGGAACCUUUUAUUCGGAAAGUAAUUGCUCUGCAGGUUUUAGUAGUGGUGCCAUAUAAUAUAUAUGGUG